AUGAAUUUCUAUUACGGUGGGGCACAUCCGAGUCAAAAUGUAGCUUACCGAAAUUACCUGCAACUCAACACCAGUCCUACACUUUAUCGUCGAUCCAGAACUGUUCCAACACGAGCUAUACUGCCGAAAAUCUGCAAGAUGAUGUACACCAAACAAAAUCGUGGUUAUGCGGUCGACCCGUAUUUCCUUUAUCCACUAGAAUAUAGAAGCCAUUUCGGUUCUUGGGAAGAUGCUAGAAGAUGGCCGAUGUAUCGAAAAAAGAAAAGAUUUUUUGGCCGAAUACAAACAUAUCAGGAAUCAGAAUUUGGUGGUAACCCAAUCGAUCGACAACCUCAUUACUGUCAUGGAUUGUACAGAGUGCAAUUGGAUAUGCAACCAACAGCAUUGAGACGAAUACGACCGUAUUAUACGCCAAGUUAUGUAACUUACCCUCCAUGUAUCAUGAAUACAGUAAGAACAAAGACGAAGUAUAGCGAACGAUAUUCCAUUAUAAUGAAAACUACUGUUAAGGCGAUCGAAUUGUUGCUCGGAGUUGCUGCAAUAGGAUUUAUAAUUGCUCCAAUGCGCGAAAUGUCCCUCUAUGCAUUUGUCAAAAUAAUACAAACCGAAUGGCAAGUUUUAGUACUCGGUAUUCCAGCAUCUUUCUCAGCACUAUCUCUCAUUAUGUUAUUUGGUGCUUGCUUCGGUUAUCGAUAUGGGUUGUGGCGAAGAUUUGAUUGUCUAAUCAGCUUACUUGGCUCAUUCAGUUAUUUAUUCGUUGGAGCCAUAGAAGCAUAUUAUGCGGCAUGUUAUCCAUCUAAUAGAGGAAAAAUUGGAUUACUUUGUCAUAGACUACAAUGGAUUAUUGCAACUGCGCUAAUAUUCGUCAACUUUAUUGUGUAUAUUAUGGACUGCGUGCUGUCAUUUCGAACAGGAAUUAGCACGCUGUGA